GAUUACAGCAUGGGAAGACUGACCAGGAAGAAGGCUGUGGAUCCCAGGAAGAAGCCUUUCUUUGUUCUUGCUGCUGUCUUGCUGCUCAGCUCAGCAUGUGCAGGGCAAGAGGCCUAUGUCCCAGGGCAGCCCUGCUCUGACUUUCAGACUGCAAGCUUCUUACAGGGCACGAAACUUAAGGUCCAGUUUCUUCUGUUCACCUCCUCAAACCCCAGCUGUGGGCAGCUGAUAUCACUUGGCGAUGACAUCAAGAACUCCAACUUCAAUACCAGCCUGGACACCAAGAUAAUAAUCCAUGGCUUCAGAGCACUGGGCACAAAGCCCUCCUGGAUCAAUGGACUCAUGGGUGCAUUAUUCCGAGCUGCCAAGGUGAAUGUGGUCGCAGUUGACUGGGUUUAUGGAGCUACAAGAACCUACCCUGGUGCUGUGGAAAAUGUCAUGGAGCUGAGCAUAGAGAUCUCUCGUUUCAUCAGCAAGUUGCUGGCACUCGGAGUGUCAGGGACAUCUAUCCACCUCAUUGGGGUGAGCCUUGGAGCACAUGUUGCAGGUCUGGUGGGGCAGUUCCAUGAAGGCCAGCUGGGAAGGAUUACAGGGCUGGAUCCUGCGGGGCCCAAGUACACAAAAGCCAGCCGUGAGGAGCGCCUGGAUCCUGGAGAUGCUCUCUUUGUGGAAGCCAUUCACACCGAUACAGACAAUUUUGGUAUCCGGAUUCCUGUAGGCCAUAUUGAUUACUUCAUCAAUGGAGGCAAAGACCAGCCUGGAUGCCCCCGGUUCAUCUCAUUAGGGUAUAACUAUCUGAUCUGUGAUCACAUGAGGGCAGUACAUCUCUAUGUCAGUGCCCUGGAGAAUUCCUGUCCUAUGAUGGCGUUUCCAUGCUCAAGUCAUGAAAAUUUCCUUGCUGGCCACUGCCUGGACUGUUGCAAUCCUUUCCUGCUCUCCUGUCCCAGAAUAGGGCUGUUGGAGCGCGGUGGAGUCAGCGUGGCAAAGCUGCCCGAGGAAGUGAAAGUUUACUUGGUGACUGCCUCCUCAGCCCCGUACUGCAUGUACCACAGCCUGGUGGAGUUUCACUUGCAGCAGAAGAGAAGCUUGGUCACCAACCUUGAGAUCACCUUCCGCAGCAGCAACUCUACAGCCAGCAUGAAGAUCACCAUACCUAAGCAGCAGCAGCUGGGCAAAGGGGUGCUGGCUCACCCAGUCCCACUGUGCCAGAUAAAUGCGGUAACGCUGAAGUAUCUCCCCAAGUCACAAAUCUGGAAGAAGGACAAGGCCGUCAUCGUUGGCAACUUCUGUACAACCGCACUGCCUGUCAGUAAUCGUGAGAAGAUGUUUUGCCUGUCUCAGUAUGUGUCCCUGACAGCGAGCAGGCCCUUUGAACAUGACCUGGCAGUGGCCUGUGCAUAGGAGAGUCCCCUGGAGCAUGUAGCAUGCACAGGCACAGUGCUGGGCUCCAAAAUUUAUUUCCUCCCUCUGGACGAUACUUCCUCCAAAAAGGACAGAACCAGUUGGAUUUUUCAUCCACCCACCUUGAGGAUAGAAUGAAUAACAGUUCUGGGAAGAGAAGUGCACUGCCGAAAGGAAAGACUAUGGUCAAGUGGUCAGAGUGGCAGAUUGGCAGUUAGGAUUCAUGGGCUCUAUUCCCAGCUCUACAAAUGCACCACUGUGAGACCUUGGACAAAUCGCUUAAUCUUGGCUUCUCCCUUUGUCAAAAGGGCUGAUAAUAAUCAUCUUUCAAGAGGAUUGUGAGUGUCAGUUAAUUCCUUAAUGUUUCUAAAGUGCUUUGAGAUCUUCACAAUAAAUGCCCCAGACAUGCAAAUAUUAUUGCUAUUAGUGAACAUGCAGCUGUGUGGCUUUGGUUUUGUAGGGGAAGGGGUCAUUCCCCUAGCAACACACACACACAGACGUAAAAAUAACUAGCCUGGGCCAAGGAUGCCUACAGAGUCUGAGGCCCUCUUGAUUUCAUAUGAGUGGUCCUGCAGUGUAAUCAGCAUUGAUAUGUUUUCUCUUAUCAUGAAAGACUCCAGCUGCUUUUCUGGCUAUCUGAUUGUCAUUUUGUGAUGGGUCUCUUUGGCAAAGUUGAUGUGUCCUGUUCUUGGAUACUCAGAUUUAUCAGAGCCAGGAAUGUUCAAAUAUUAAAACAGACCAUUUAUUAGUAAGAAAAAAACCACACCAAAACCACUCUGAAAAAUAAGGCUCAGCCCUAAUUCAGGAACCCAUCUACAUUUAGAUGCUCAAUAGCCCUGGCAGUUGGAGAUCAAGAGAUACAGCCAGAGGAGUCAGUGACGAGCUCUGCUCCGAGGGCUGGACAAUCUUUCUGUAACUUCUUCUGCAAGAGCUUUGCAUCUAGCCUUGAGAGAGUGGCCCUGCGCCUGGACACUCAGGCCUUUCCUGGCAGUAGUCUCUCAGCCAGAGCUCAUCAGUCUCUUUUAGGGCCAGUCCCUUUCCUCAGGGGUUUCCCAAUCAAACAUGUUUUAAUAAAUACCUAAGAACAUCAGGGUUCUAACCCCUGAAUUGGCCACCUCACCAGACAGACAGACUUGAGGUGGAGAAGCCCUUUCCUUGCAUGAAAGAAAAAGAACACAGAUGUCGAGAGAACAGCUGGCCAGCAGAAGCAAGCUGGGACAAGAGCAAAGGAGAGGCCUUCAUCUGGAGCCAGGAGGCUUCCCCACCAUGACAAGAUUCAGAACCCUACAGAUGGGUAAUUGGAUUGAGGAGAGAAGGGAGUGAAGAAAGAACCCUACAAAACUUGGGUCCUGCGCUCAUCCCUUGGGACAGCACUUGCCCAUCCAGUUUAUAGGAGUCUAUCCCUAUCGGGCAUGUUUUCUAAUCCUUUAAUCAUUCGUGUGGCUCUUCCCUCUCCAGUUUAUCAACAUCCUUCUUGAAUUGUGGACAGCGGAACAGGACACAGUAUUCCAGCAGCAGUCUCACCAGAGCCAAAUACAGAGAUAAAAUAAUCUCUCUACUCCUACUCGAGAUUCCUCUGUUUAUGCCUCCCAGGAUUGCAUUAGCUCCUUUGGCCACAGUGUUGCAUUGGGAACUCAUAUUCAGCAUAUUAUCCACCACGACCCCCAAAUCUUUUUCAGAGUUUCUGCUUCCCAGGAUGGAACCCUCCCAUCCUGUAAAUAUGGCUACAUUUCUUUCUUAGAUGGCUACAUUUACAUUUAGCCGUAUUAAAAUGCAUAUUGUUUGCAUGCACCCAGUUUACCAAGCAAUCCCGAUUGCUCUGUAUCAGUGAACUGUCCUCUUCAUUAUUUACCACCCUCCAAUUUUUGUGUCAGCUGCAAACUUUAUAAGUGAUGAUUUUAUGUAAGAAUCAUGGGGGGGCACACCCUGGUGGGAAGUUCACAAGGGAGAGUGCACCUACCCCUCUGCUGGCUUCUCUGGGGGACUCAGCAGAGCCCCAGUCCUUUGAGGGCUUGAUUUUUCUUCUAGCUUGGUGUGGUGGCAGGGGGUGCAGGGAGCCGCUCCCUUCCUGCCAUGCAUGCGUUCUGGGCUUCAUGUAUCAGUGCUUGUGACAGCAGUCAUAGGCACCAACUCCGUGUGUGCUCAGGGGCUCAGGCACUCACAGAAAAAAAUAGGGGGUGCUCAGCACAUACCAGCCACAGCUGUUCGACAGGACCACCAAUCAGCUGUUGGCAGCUGGCAGGAGGCACUUGGGGAGGGUGGAGAGCAGUGAGUGGCAGGCAGGCGGGCUGGGGGACCUCAGGGUAGGGGGCGGAGCAGAGGCGGGAAGAGGCAGACCAAGGCCAGGGCCUCCGGGGAAGGGGCAGAGUGGGGGCAGAGCCUCAGGACAGAGUGGGAGUGGAGCACUCACCGGGAAAAAUAAAAGUCAGCACUGGUGACAGCAGUUGUCUUUUGCGUGGAUACCUCAGAGUAGCAAUAUGUAUUAACAGCUACCUCAGGUCUACCCGACAGCUCAGGGGGUGGUGGUUACCUUGCUGUGUUGUUUAAUGGCACUGAAUAGACUUCUACUUCUUUGCUAAGGGGAAGCCAACAGCUCUGCACUGGAGGAUGACUGGAUUAGAGAGAAGCAGACGCAGUGAAUAGCUAGAGAGACGUCUGUCUGGGGCAACAAAGCAGCAGGGUGUGACAGAGGAUGCUGGAAUCUGAUUCUCCUGUGGCAGAGUAACAAAGAGGAGGCAGUUUGUGCUGCGGGGGCUGGCACAGACCCGGUACUGGCUACUUGCGUCUGUGCUUCAAUGACACUUAUAGAGCUUUGCAAGAGCAUGUCCUAGCCAUGGCCCCGGCCCACACCAGAACACCUCUUGCACAUGGGGCUGCUGUGGGAACAGCAUGGAGCUGGUGGAACCACCUCUGUACCUGGGCAUAGGGGGCCUUAUGCCUGCCAUGUGGCCCCUUGGCACCAAACUAAAGGAAGUAAAAAGGCCAGAAGGGGCCCCUAGUGACUAUUAUCACACCAUGCAAGCCCCCAAGGAUGAAACCACUGGGUGAGCUUGCAGUAGAAAUAUUGUCACUGCUAUAUUUGUGAGUUGCCUUCCAUCUCCAUAUUGUUUUUAACUAAAAUAUUGCAUCUUCCCUGCUUCCUUAUCCUGAUCUCCCAAAUCCUUUUGUGAGAGCUGAGACCUGACUGUUCCUUCACUUCAUUUUCAUCUCAGUGGAGACACCCAGAGUCCACAAAAAUCCAGUUCAGCUUCUUCUCCUUCCAAAGAGAUGUACCCAUAAUCCUUCCAGAGGGACACAGAAAUCCAGGUUAAGUCCUUCCCUUUACCAGGGCUAGACCCAGAAUCCAUCUCAAGAGAGCACAGAAAUUCAAUCCUGGUUCUUCUCAUCCUCCUUAUUCCAAGUGGAUUGACCAAAAGACCCGGGGAAUCUCUUCCCAACAUCAGAAACUGG